AUGUCGUCCGUGACGUGCGUCUUCGAGGACCGUUUCGUGGUCAGGUCCAUCGACAACUCUAAAUUCGAGCGCGUGUCGCGAAUCAGCGCAAAGAGUACGGGUUUCGACGCAGAGUUGCUGCUGGACAUCAACAGCGACAUCUUCCCGGUAAAUGUCAAAUCGCUGCUACACAUCCUCAUCACCAACAACCUUCUGCCAAGCGGCUCGGACGUCAACCUCAGCGACUUCAACGAGCUCCCUUCGUUGAUGCGUGACUACGAAUACGCGAUGUACGGAAAGAUUUUCAAGUUCGAAGAUGUGUCAUCGGAGAGCAGGACCAUCUACGCAUCGUUUGGCGGGCUGCUGAUGUCGCUCACUGCAGACAAGCAGGUGGUUGCCGACCUGGAGCUGGACAUGCGCAUAUACCUCAUGGCACGCCGCAUCACCGCAGCGCGAUAG